CUCUCUGUGUGUGUGUUGUAUAUACGUGGGUUUGUACGUAUGCUGCGCCCUCUGAUAUUUCGGGCAAGGGCGAUGACAUAUAUAUUUUGAAUCGAUAAAGCUGACCAAACAGAUUCACCACCACCUCCACCACCACCAAAGGCUGGGAAAUGUAUGGGUAUCAGAUCAGGGAUGAAAAAAAUCCGGUGGAUCUAAAUAUUUUGUGUGCCGUCUCGUGGUGGUAAGAAUGCUGGCAACUCAGUUCCGGUUUCUCUCCUAGAAGCCCCAAGAGCAUUUUCAUUUCUCCUUCAGAUUGGAGUCUAUGGGGUGUGGAAGUGUGGAAAAAUAUACGAACUAUGAAACAGGAUCCACUAGAUCUUUGUUCCGUAUUUAUGCUCCCCAACCCCUUACCGAUGGAAGGGAAUCAAUUUGGGGAGGCACAGAAAGAGGGAAGGCAGAGAGGGUGGGGGAAAACCUAGAUCCCAAUAUUUCAAUAUUCCAUUAGAAAAAGAAAAUCUCGACAAUGUUACUCAACAGCCCAUAAAGCUAUAAAGGCACUACGAAGCGGUAUAUAAAUCUAUAUGCCAUUGCUAUUGCUAUGCGGAAACAUCAUCUGCGCGCGCAUUUUACUGACGUCGCCGUGAAGGCUUCGGGCACGCGUUCUCAUUACGUCACCUCCCUUUGUUCUGCCAUGUUUGUUGUGGGCCUGAGGCUUCUCGCUUUGGGUUUUUCAUUCUCAUCUGUUAUAGGCCGUUUCUCCUGACCAAUGGGAACCGACGUCAAGGGCGGAAGUGAUUGAAAGAAAGUAAAUCGUAACGUGGUCGAGUCGGGGAAUCUAGGGGAGAUCAUGUUGCGUCGGGAAGCUCGUCAGAGGCGGGAGUAUCUUUACCGUAAAGCUCAAGAAGAAAAACUCCGGACUCUCCAAGAAAAGAAAGAAAAAAUUAAAAAGGCUCUGGAUGAGAACUGCCUGAUUCCCACAGAACUUCGGAAAGAAGCCCUGGUCCUCCAGAAAGCACUGGAGUUUGAUGAUGGAGGGGCAGAAGGAAUAACGAGUCAUGUGGAUGAUGAAUACCGCUGGGCUGGUGUGGAGGAUCCCCGUAUUAUGGUUACCACCUCCCGUGACCCCAGCUCCCGCCUCAAGAUGUUUGCCAAAGAAGUGAAGCUAGUUUUCCCUGGGGCCCAGCGAAUGAACCGAGGCAGGCAUGAGGUGGGCGCUUUGGUCCGUGCCUGCAAAGCUAACGGGGUCACCGACCUGCUGGUGGUGCAUGAGCAUAGAGGGGUGCCAGAUGGACUCAUAGUUAGCCACCUGCCUUUUGGUCCCACUGCCUAUUUCACCCUCUGCAAUGUGGUCAUGCGCCAUGAUAUCCCAGACAUUGGCACCAUGUCAGAAGCCAACCCCCACCUCAUCUUUCACAAUUUCACAUCUCGUCUUGGACAGAGGGCCACUAGCAUUCUCAAGUACUUGUUUCCAGUACCUAAAGAAGACAGCAAACGGGUCAUCACCUUUGCUAACAAAGACGACUAUAUCUCCUUCAGGCACCAUGUCUACAAGAAGACUGACCAUCGGAAUGUAGAGCUCUCUGAGGUCGGGCCAAGGUUUGAAAUGAAAUUAUAUAUGAUCAAACUAGGAACCUUGGAGCAAGAGAACACCGCUGACGUGGAGUGGCGCUGGCAUCCUUACACCCACACAGCCAAGAAGAGAAAAUUCCUCAGUGUUGAGUAGCAGUGCCUCAAAACUGCUACCUUCUCAUCAAAGAAGCAGACUGUAUGUUGGACCUUACAUGAACUGGAUUCUUCAAGCUUGCUUCAUAAAUACAUUUUUUUCUUUCUUUUUGCCUGUUCUAGGAGUGAUCAUCUUUUUGGUUCAUGUCAGAAUUUGGUUCUUACCCAUUCCAGAACUUCCCUAUUCUGGAACUCGUGAUGUUCGUCCAGCAGAAAAGGAGCUUUUGCACUUCCUUAUGCUGACUGAUUGGCCUUUGUGUAAAUUUUUAUUUAGCAGAAACAUACUGGGUAACAUUGGAGCUGGCUGUCCAGUUCUAAAAAAUGUCUAUGGAGAAUUGAUUUUGAAAGCUAUAUUAGCAGCAAAGACGACAGUCAAAUAGCAGUUAUUAAGACUCACAAUGAUGGAGGACACGUUCGCUGUAACUUACCAUAGCAUUAUGUGACUCUAGUGCUUUCUCAGCCCUCCAAUUGGUUUUUAUUACUCCAUGCCUGCAAUUUUUCUACAACAACUUCUUUCCUCUUUUGGAAUCUAAGGUGGUAAUGCUACCUAAACAUAUAAAUAGGACUAGAAAAGAGAUUACAAAAUGGGGCAGGAGACUUUCCUCACCUGCUGUCAUUUUUGCUUCGCUAGAUGUGUCUGUUGAGCCCACCCCAAAUGUCUGGGUUGUAAUUCACUAAGCUGUAGUUAACUAACUAAUCCGCACUGGCUAGGUUUACAACAAAGUUAGCUAAAAUGCAGCACAAUCACUUGACAUUAUCAGAUUAUCGGAAUUACGUUGGAAGCUCUGUUGAAGAGGAGCACAUGGGAGAAAGAAUUAGAGAUUCCUUUCCAAAUAGUGUAGUUAGCUCUCCACGCAGGUCAUGCAAAAUACGUUUCUUCUGAAGACGGAAUUAGCCAAACCUGUUCCGAUGCAAUUCUUUGGAAGUGUGUAUUGUACAAGAGGUACCCUUUCUUCAGCACCAAACUUUUAUAACUUUUGUAUAAUGAUUUUCUCUUGGCUCCGGUUUCUUUUUUCCACGCUUUCCAUUAUAAAAUGAGACCAUCCAAGUGGUGAGCCGGGUUAGGCUCACACCCUGUAAGUCGGAACCAUCCACUUAAGGGGAACAUUACAUAUUUUGUUUAAUUGGCUACCUGUUCCAGAUUUCCCUGGCAUGAUUAUACCCAGUGUUGGGUCUAAAUGAUUAUUGCUGAAAAUCUCCAAGCCAGCCACGCUCUUGGCUCCCACCAACAAGAUCUGGUAAAGAAAAGUUCAUGUCAAAAUAAGUUCUUCUAACUGGAGGAUUUGGUCUUAGAAAUGUCCUGAGCUUUAGCUGCUCAUAGUAGCUGUCCCCUGUGGUCAGAAAAACUUGCUGUUUUUGUGUAGUUGCUCCUUAUGAAGGAGGUGAGCAUCUAGUAUUUAGUGCUCCCCUUUUUAGUAGAAGUAGCAGCCUUCUUUCCUCCCUGCUGCUAAAGAAUGUCCUUCUCAGAAGUGCAGCUUACACUCUGCUCCACUCAACAGGAGGGUCUCUUGGUCCUUUUGGCUUCCCAAUCCGGAUGUUAAAUCCUAUGGAAGAAUAGGAAAAGCCAGUAAUGAAAUUCAAAAAUUUUCCCUGUAGGUUCUGUGGGCGUGGCUUGGUGAAGUGUGGUUUGGUGGUCAUGUGACUGAGUGGGCGUGGCUUGGUGCAACAAGCAGGAACCUCACAGAGUCACAGAGAGCUCAAAAACAAACUAUCGCACAAAAAUAACAAUCUAUAAAACUGAUUCACACACAAUCUCACACACAAUCAGCUGUGCCACGCAAUUGUCGGAACCUUUUCUUAAACUUUCCUUUAGCAUUUUUUUACUACCGGUUUGGGAAAAUAUGUAGUAAAAAGUCCUUUUAAAAAGUUUUUUAAAAGGUUCCCAAGAUCACGUGGCACAGCUGAUUGUCAAAGCUGAUGGU